GCUCGUUUACACAGGGCGAGCUGCUGACUAGGCAGUAGACAGCUACUCGGAUGGUCUACUCGUAUGCCAGUAGCUCGACUCGCCUUAGUUGUUUCCACGAUGAUAGUAGCUGCCCAGUAUCUUCCGAGUUGUCGCGAUGUUGAGUCAACUUGCUGUGAUUAAAAAAACGGUGAUAAGGUCUAUGACAAUAAUAUUAUGUGAGGAAUUGGAAAAAUCCUACAAAAAACUUCAAAAAAAGGAGAGGAAGAAAAAGGUUUGGAUUAGAGAUUGGACGGCAAGGCGAUCUAUAGGGGCAACAUGUGCGAUUUUCAAGGAGCUUUAUCAUGAAGACCCCCGAGAAUAUAAAGCAGUGCUGAGAGUGACACCCGAACAAGUUGACAAACUUUUAAAUUUAAUAAAAAUGAAAAUAGAGCGUCAAGACACUUUUAUGAGAGAUGCCAUACCAGCAAGGGUAAAGUUAGAAGUAACCCUGUGUUUUCUAAGCUCAGGAAUAUCAUACAGGCUGUUAGCAAUAUUUUUCAGGAUUUCAAAAUCCUCCAUAUCAAAAUUUAUACCAGAAGUUUGUGACGUUAUGUAUGAAGCUUUGGACGAAUAUUUGCAGGUACCAGACAACAGGGAAUGGGAAGACAUACAAGUAGGAUUUCACCACAGGUGGAAUUUUCCAGGAUGUUGUGGAGCCAUCGACGGCAAACAUGUGGUAAUUCAAGCUCCUCCCAAUUGUGGUAGUGAAUACUAUAAUUAUAAAGGAACAAACAGCUUGGUGCUCUUAGCAGUCGUGGAUCAUGACUACUGUUUUAAAUAUGUGGACAUAGGCUCAUAUGGGCGAAACUCCGACGGUGGUGUUUUCCAAGCUUUCUCAUUGUAUCCAGUGUUGGAAAAUGGGUCAUUACUGCCAGAAGGUGGAUUCCUAGUGGGAGAUGAUGCUUUCCCUCUUAAGACGUACUUAUUGAAACGAUAUCCCAAUGAGCCCACGAUUGUCGAAAAAAUUUACAAUUACAGAUUCACUAGGGCAAGACGCAUAGUAGAAAAUGCAUUUGGUAUUUUAGUAUCUCGAUUCCGUGUUUUGGCACUACCUAUCCAGUUGCAAGAGGAAACCGCAAUAAAAAUGAUUCGAACUACAUGUGUACUGCACAACUGGUUGCGCAAAUCAUCACUUCACACCUACACACCACCUGGUAGCAUAGAUUAUGAAGAUAUUGUAAAUUUCACUACGAACCUAGGAACGUGGAGAUCAGAAAUAAAUGCGUUACCAAGUAUCGCCCGUUCGCGGAUCAAUAACAGAUGAAAGUUCGCAGCUGAAAAAAUUGAGGAGAAGAAUACAAUUUUUUUUUUUGUAAUGAGGGUGCUGUCACCUGGCAAAAUUAUAUGAUUAGUAAUAAUUAAAUGUUAUGAACUAACUCAGUGGAAUAAAAU